CCAGGAGAUAUUAAAUGAAAAUAGUCAUAUAGACGGCACUGCGAGCACUGUUAAUUGUCUGAUCAAAGUACAGCCUAUACACUAUACACUAUACAGUGUCAUUGGGCAUUUCCCAGUUUUCAAAAGCUGUCCAAACAUAUUUGCUGUGGCUAUUGCUGCUGCUGGGGAGGGACGUUUUCUCAUCAUUGCUGGCAUGCUUGCCACCUAAAUUGUGCUGAAUAUUUCACAUGAUUUACCUAGCCUGGCUGAUUUGUUAACAUUCUAAGUGAUGGGCACUGCAUGCCUUGUGCCUUAGCUAUAACUUGCUAGUUCAUUCCUAGUUGUGUUUUUAUAAGGAACACUGCCCCUGACCCCGCCUGUCGAUAGUCGGCGAAGCACACGGGAACGGUCGGACAGACGGGCGCCACCAUGCUGAACCAGGCGUCCCGCGAGGCGCUCUACUCGGCCACCUACCUGGAGGACUACCUGGACUGCGUGGAGAACAUGCCCGACGACCUGCAGCGCUCUCUGACGCGUCUGCGCGAGCUGGACAUCCGCUACCAGUCAGUGCUGGGUGAGCUGGAGCGGCGCCAGGCGGCCGUGCGCCGCGAGUCCAACGAGCAGCUGCGCACGCGCUGCCUGCUGGCUAUGCAGCGGGCGCUGAUCGCCCUGCAGGAGGCGGCCGACGAGAAGCUGCAGCUGCUGCAGAGCGUGCACGACCUGGUGGACGGCCGCUGCCGUCAGCUCGAGCUCGACUACAAAAACCUUGAUUACGGCAAGGACCAGGAGAACCAGGCGCCGUCGGGCGGCAGCCGGUCGGCCUCUCCGCCGGCCGAGCCGCCGUCUCGCGCCACCCCGGCCAGCGCGGCCUCGGCGCUGCCCCGGGACAGCACGGACGCGAGGGACGCGGAGGAGACACCGACGCGCCCAGCCAAACAGUCGCGCGGCACCGGGUCGGCCGGCCAGGGCAGCCAGAGCCGCGCCGCCAGCGCCGCCAAGCGCCGCAAGCGCAAGGCGCGCCAGGGCCGCGAGGACUCACCGAUGGACGUGCCGAUCGAGCCCGAUGAGCCCACCUACUGCCUCUGCGAGCAGGUCUUCUUCGGCGAGAUGAUCGGCUGUGACAACGAGCUCUGUCCCAUCGAGUGGUUCCACUUCGCCUGCGUCAACAUCGUGCACAAGCCCAAGGGCAAGUGGUACUGCCCGCGCUGCCGCGGUGACCGCACCACCGUGAUGAAGCCGAAGCACGUGUUCCUCCGGGAGCUGGACCACUACAACAAGCAGAAGCGGGAGGACAGCGACCGCGGCCGGUCGACGCGGGACUGAGCGGCGGCAGUCGUCUCUGGGAGACAGUCCCGAGUGCUGACUGCGCCCUGCGGGGGCCGGGCGGCUCUGAUAGGGGGGGGGGGGGGGCGGGACACUGUACAAAUGUAGAGCUCGAUAGCACGCCGAGUGGAUCGGAGGGCUUUUCGGCGAGUCUGGCCGCAGCGGAGGGUGACAGUGCAGUCGCCUCCAGUGACGGUCGUGUUCGUCCGGGUGGACCGUCAGUGAGUACAAUCGAACGGGGAGGAAGCCACCCUCUCUCCACCGGCGGAGUGUGUCGCUGUCCCAGCCAGCGUGACCUCAGUAACGUUCACUUGCUGGUACCGUAGCAGUGUGUGUCCCAUGAGGUGUCUUUGCAGGCUAGCAAUUGUAUGCACGGACUUAAUGUGGCUUAUAAGUGAUACUGUCUGUCUAAUGUCUAUGCGUUGAAAAAUAGUAUCGGUUCCUUUCGUCCACGACCAUUGUAUUGCGUUCAAAAUGUUACUCUUAUUGGCACUGAGUGGUAUAAUAUAUUUCGAGCUCAUUUCCCACGUAUCAGCUUAUUUCAAAACGAAACUGAAUUGUUUGUAACCCUACUUGUUUUCGUGUCAACACUUUUCGACUAGUCCUGAGGCGUCUUUGGGGAGAUUCGUCCCUGCCCCCUCAGCGAAAACAGCGACACAGAGUAAGAAGGCGAUUCAAGGCCGGUGAAACGGCACACGCAAUCCAGGUGGAUUUGACAUAACGAUGCGUUUUAUGUUUUAUAUCUCGACUUCUCUUGACUCUCAGGCCUGUUUUUACAACGUCCGCCCAUGUUUUCAACUACUUGCCUAACAAUGCACCGCUAUCAGCUCCGCAAUUUGGCGUCUUAUUUAUCCUUAAUUUGCCUUGUGAAUAGUAUGUAGCGUUUAUUGACUGCGACGUUACAUGCAGUUCCAUCGCUACCGUCCCGCAGAUUAUCUGAGACGAUGACAUCGUUUGCCGGUAUCAUACGGAGCCUCGGUCAACCUAACAGCCUCUCGUUACUUUUUUAUUUGUGCCUAGCAGGUCAUCAUUCGGUAUUAGAAGACUGUUAUUUUGUCAUCGUGAUGUCGCUUAAAAGGUGGUUCUUUUGAUGAUUGCGAAACGUUUCUUGUGUGUCGAUGUUGGUAUAUCUUCAGUCAGGCUUUUUACCUUCCCACCAAUGUGUUGGCGCUAUGGUCGAUAUCCGUGCUGAAACAGAAGUGAAGUUUAUUUCGAUACUUGUUUAAGUUCAUUAAAGAAUAUAGCAUAUGCCGCACCAA